AGCUCCCCGGCCCCGCCCCCGGCCCCGCCCCCAGGUGGUUUAACCGGAGCCGCCUACCCGCCCCGCGCCGGAGAGCCAGCCAGAGUGGGCGGGCCGGCGGAGGAGGAGAUACCAGCACCACCGAGAUGCCAAACGUGAAGGAGAGGUCGGCCCGGAAGGAAGCCCGAACGGCCGAGGGCGCCUCCCGUGAGCCCCACACGGGACACCCCCGGGAGAGCGCGAGCAGCCACCGAUCACGCCUGACGGAGAGGGCUCAUGACACUUCCAAGCUUGAUGCUCACUCGGAAGAGAAGACCUUAUCUUCAAGCAGCCUGGAAAGUAAGGGCAAGGAGACGAUGCCCAGUGACUUCUGGGACCACCUGAAAGAGCAGCUGUCCUCUGUGCCCCCCGACUUCAGCUGUGCCCUUGAACUUCUGAAAGAGGUCAGGGAGAUUCUGUUGUCGCUGUUGUUACCACGCCAGAACCGCUUAAGAAGUGAGAUCGAAGAGGCCUUGGACAUGGACUUCCUCCAUCAGCAAGCUGAGCGUGGGGACUUGGAUGUCACCUACCUCUCUAAGUACAUUCUCAACAUGAUGGUCUUGCUGUGUGCACCAGUGCGAGACGAAGCCGUGCAGAAACUGGAGAGCAUCACGGAUCCUGUCCGGCUGCUGAGGGGCAUCUUCCAAGUGCUGGGGCAGAUGAAAAUGGACAUGGUGAACUACACGAUCCAGAGCCUCCAGCCCCCCCUGCAGGAACACUCCAUCCAGUUUGAGCGGGCCGAGUUCCAGGAGCGCCUCAACAAGGAGCCCAACCUCCUCGAUCACACCACCAAGUGGCUGACCCAGGCGGCCGCGGACCUCACCGGGUCUUCUGCAACUUGCCCCGACACCCGGGACUCCUCCAGCUCGCCUGGCUCCUCUUCCAGGGACGCGGCUGCCCCGGAACCUCUCAGUUCUACAAUGGUGCUGUCCCAGGGCUUCCUGAACCUCCUCAUCUGGGACCCUGAGAAUGAAGAGUUUCCCGAGACCCUGCUGAUGGACAGAGGCCGGCUGCAGGAGCUGGAGCUGCAGCAGAAACAGCUGACCAUCCUUGCCUCCGUCAUGCUGGUGGCCAGUAGCUUCUCUGGCAGUGUUCUGUUUGGCUCACCCCAGUUUGUGGACAAACUGAAACGCAUAACCAAGUCCCUGGUGGAGGAAUUUAACUCCAGGCCGGAGGAGACCAUGCAGACCGUGAGUGAGCAGGUGACCCAGGAAAUCCACCAGGGUCUCAAGAGCAUGGGCCUCGCCCCUCUGACCAGUGACAACACAGCGUCUCUCAUAGCACAGUUCCAGAACAUUGCCAAGAAGGAGAACUGUGUCCGCAACGUCAUUGACCAGCGGAUCCACUUGUUCCUCAAAUGCUGCUUCGUUCUCGGUGUGCAGCGCUCGCUGUUGGACCUUCCUGGAGGACUCGCUCUCGUCGAAGCCGAGCUGGCGGAACUGGGCCAGAACUUUGUUACCCUGACACAUCACAACCAGCAGGUGUUUGGCCCUUACUACACUGAGAUCUUAAAACCCAUCAUCUCCCCAGGCCAGAAAUCGAAAGUGGAGUCUGUCUGAGCAUGGGCUCAGAGCCCUGGCACCUUGGACCCAGGGGGAAGGUCCACCCUCCUGGCGUGACAUCACCAGUGACCAGCAGAGCAGUGAGUCCCCUCCGCACCCCCACAGCCAGCACAGCUGGCUGUAGGGAUCAAGUAUGUAAACACCAGCUGGCCCAAAUCCGCUCCCUAAUAAACUAUGAACUGCAAGUA